UUAGUACUGUUCCUCGUUUCAAACAAGGUCCAUGUCUUGGACAAUGAAUGCUACUGGCUUAUGACUUAUAUUUAUAUACAUAUGUAUAUAAAUAUAUAACAUCAAACUAUAUAUGUCUCUAUAGACGAUCUUAGGCUAUUUAAACCUUAAAUUAACAGCUGCUAUAUUACGAAAAGGGCCUUUAUUUUGCUCCCCCCCAUCAUCACCUCGUUCAUUGCUGCAGGUUUUUCUGUUCGAAUUCUUUGGUUUUAUUUCAGAUGCCUUUAAAAGCUUUAGCUAACAUUUGAUCUUCUUGAAGACAGCUGCUGUGUUUGAUUUGAGUGUCCAAACGAAGCCAGCUAUAAUGCGCCAGUCAUCCAAUUGUCCACAUGUUCAUGUGAUCAGCGAAAACCAGUCGUGGGAAAUAUGCAAGAAACAUGAUGCACAAGAAUGUCACACCUGUCACGCACAGCCUCCCAAUCUUUGGUUGUGUCUCGUUGGCAACUGCAACUAUAUUGGAUGUGGGGAAUCAUCCAGUGAUCAUAGUGGAUAUCAUGCAGUGGAACACAAUCACUGUCUGACUAUCAACUUGACUACCAUGAGAAUCUGGUGUUACUCUUGUGAAAAUGAAGUUUUGGAUCAUAACAGCCCACCGUUACAAAUAUUAGACCGGCCUUACCAGAUGCUAGACCACCAAGAUGUUUCAACUGACAGCUCACCACAGAGAAGUGCAUUUGAACCUGAAGACUCGGAGUCUGAUAUGGAUGAUGAUACUAUUAAACCCAGAGGUUUAACUGGUCUACAGAACUUAGGCAACAGUUGUUACAUGAAUGCUGCUUUACAAGCUUUAUCAAACUGUCCUCCUCUAACCCGGUUUUUCCUCGACUGUUAUGGCUUUGUACGACCUGACAGAAAUCCAAUGCUAUCACGUCAUUAUCUGCGGCUUAUUUCUGAAAUUUGGCACAAAAAGAGGCCCAGCUAUGUCGUUCCGAAUGGUAUCGCAAAUGGAAUAAAAUCUGUUCACCCCAUGUUCAAAGGAUAUACCCAACAGGAUACUCAGGAAUUCCUGCGAUGUUUCAUGGAUCAAUUGCACGAAGAAUUGAAACAGCCAAUGUUUGACAUGGAAGUUGUGAACUCGGUUGCCAUCUGCUCCUCGACAUCAAACCCUUUGCUCCAUGAAUCAACAGGGAAAUCGUCUUACAUUAAUGGCCACGAACGCCAGUCAUCGAUUGACUCGUCAAGCAGCCACUCAGACUAUGAAACUUGUGAUUCGGCACCUUGCAGCGAACGCGGAGGUACACCAGAGGUCAAUUUGUCGGGGGACGAGAGCAGUGACACCAGCGAAAUGACACAGUUGAGUGGCAAAAAAUCCAAUUUCAAGGUUGUGACUGGUGGUGGGGGAGGUAGUUAUAAUGACAUGGACAAUAACGAGAAUGUGUUGAACCAUUCAACCAACUGUAAAGAUGGCGCCGACCUUAACGUCCAGAUAGAAUCAAUGACGGACAACAAGGAAUUCGUAACGGUCUCAAAGGAGAUGAAAGACACAGUGAAUUUACUCUACAAACAGACAUCAUCACAGAAUGAAGCUGGAAUCGGAACAGUAUCUGAACCUUCAGAUGACCCUGCAGCAGCACAAACCACAGCGGCAACCACUAACAAAGCAUUCACCAAUUCUGAACUACAUGAUAUUCCCAGUGAUGGUGAGACCAAAACGAAAACGGCGUCAACAGCAAAGGUGAAAUCGGAACAAUCCCACACUGAAAAUAAUCCCAAAACCUCAAAAAUACCAACAAAUAAUAGAUCCAAACGACCUCUAAUACAUCAAAGUGUCAUAUCAGAUAUAUUUGAUGGCCGUUUAUUGAGUUCUGUACAGUGUUUGACAUGUGAACGAAUUUCUACGACAAAAGAAACAUUUCAAGACUUAUCACUGCCAAUUCCCAGUAAAGAUCAUUUACUUAUGUUGCAUGCCAACCAAAGUUCAAACACCAAAGGUGGGGCUUGUGGAGAAGUAAACCAAGGUUGGGUGGCUACGAUAUUGAUGUGGCUCAAAAGCUGGAUUAUGGGUCCAACUAUAACAUUACAAGACUGUCUUUCUGCGUUUUUCUCUGCUGACGAACUAAAAGGUGACAACAUGUACAGCUGUGACAAAUGUAAAAAGUUGAGGAAUGGUAUGAAAUAUUCAAAAGUUCUUAGGUUACCAGAGAUCCUGUGUAUUCACUUGAAGAGAUUCCGACAUGAAUUUUACUCUUCAAAGAUUAACACAUAUGUCUCUUUUCCGCUGGAAGGUUUAAACAUGAAACCAUAUCUUCAUAAAGAUUGUCAAGAUGAAGUCACGUCGUAUGAUCUAAUGUCUGUGAUAUGUCACCAUGGAACUGCCGGAGGAGGCCAUUAUACAGCAUAUUGUCUGAAUUAUGUAAAUGAGCAAUGGUAUGAGUUUGAUGACCAAUAUGUCACAGAGGUGGACUUUCAACAAGUUCUUAGUUCCAGUGCCUAUGUUCUUUUUUACAGGAAACAAAAUGAACAUAUGUUACCGAUGAGGGAGAGUGCAAUGGCUUUGAUGGAGGAGCGUGAAGUAAGUUUUUUAAGGACAUAUAUGUCCAAACAAUGGAUAAAUCGGUUUAAUACGUUUGCUGAACCGGGGCCAAUCACCAAUCAGGACUUUCUUUGCUCUCAUGGAGGUGUACCUCCAUCCAAAAUUGGUUAUGUUGAGAAUCUUGUGGUUCUUCUGAGCCAACCAGUCUGGCAGUAUUUGCAUGACAGAUUUGGUGGUGGUCCUGCCUGUACACACCUCAUACAUUGCAAGACUUGUGAAGCUCAGCUGGAAAAACUAAAGAUCAGACAAAAUGAAGAAAUAGCCUCCUUUGUCAAGCUCCAUAACAAGUUCCGAGCUGAAGAAGAUCCCAGCAUCAUUUAUGCCAUCAGCAUGGCAUGGUUUAAGGAAUGGGAGAAUUUUGUCAGAGCCAAAACUGACACUCCUCCUGAUGCCAUUGACAACACUCGAAUAAUGAUUCGCAAGAAUGGUAAACCGGUGUUAAAGAGCAGCUCCGACCAUGGCCAGCUGUCUCGAGAGAUGUGGCAGUUCCUACACAACGUGUAUGGCGGAGGCCCAGAACUGAUUGUCCGCCAACACCCCACACUUGCCACCAUCACUGGCACUGGUGGCAGCAGUGGCAGUGGCACUGGUGGUGGUGGUGGUGGCGUAAGUGGUAGUUGCCCUGGAAAUGCUCCACCAAUUUCAGCGCCACCCCAGAUGACCACAAACACUGCAACAGCGAUGACAACAACUCCUACAGUGUCACCAGCACCUGCGACAACGAUAACAACUACAACAACAACGAUAGCAACAACAACAGUACCGGGUGGAGGAGGAGGAGGGGUAUCAUCAUCAUCAUCGUCAACAGCAACAACAGCAGCAGCAUCAUCAUCAUCAUCAUCAUCUGUGUGUUCACUGAAGGCAACCUGUGCAGAUACAGCAGCAAUAACACUGAAGGCAGUUGCAGCAGCAUCAUCAUCAUCAUCACCAUCAUCGACAACAGCAAUGCUGGGGAAGAGGCAGGCCGAGGAGGCGGGGGGAGGAGGGGAGACGAGGCAGCAGAAACUACAAGAACAACAGCAGCAGCAGCAGCAGGAGGCGGAGAGAGGGGAAGUGGGGGAAGAGGAGGAGGAGGAGGAGGUGGAAGUGGAGGAAGAGGGGGGCGACGUGGUGGUGUUGGUGCCGAUGUCUGACUCAGUGUCGGCCGGGACGGAGAAGGUGUACAAGGAGAAGCAGGAGAAGCAAGAGCAGGAAGAGGACGGGCCGGAGAAGGAAGAGGAAGAGGUGGUGGAGAAGAAGGAGCAGCAGCAGCAGCAGUGGGGGGAGAAGAAGAAGAAGAAAAAGAAGAAGAAAGAAACAACAGCAACAGCAACAACAACAACAACAGCAGCAGCAGCAGUCAUCGAUACUCGUUUAUGAAAAAUGAAUUUCGAUAU